UUAUAAAUUUUAGAGUUUUUUUUUUAAUUUGGUUUGAAACCAAUCAACAUUUUUGAUUAAAAUGAGCUUGGUAUUAAAACGGGUAUAAUUUUAAAACUAAAUUUAUUGAUCAAAAUAACUAUUUUGGGUAUUAAAAUGGCUAGAAAAAAAUGAGUAUUAAAAGCUUAAAAAUUUAGUUGGAUUAUUUUUGUGGAAUUUUUCCUUUUUAGUUUACAUCUUCUUUUUGUUGUUGUUACAGUUACUAUCCACUACAAUUAGGGACAAUUUUUCAAUUAACCUAUAUCCAUAAUUCCAAGAACCACUCUUCCUUUCUUUAUAGAUUUUACAAUUUUUGAAGAUUUUUUUUUUUUUCAAGAUUUUUAAAAUUUACAAGAAUCAGUGAUACUUUGAUCAUGUUCUUGGAAUCUCAAUAUAAUCUGAUUUAAGAUCUUUUGAAUGGAUGACUCGUUUUCCUCUCAUGGUAAGUUUUUGAAUUUGUAGUAUUGAAGUAUUCUAAGGAGACCAAAGGCUUUUAUUUGGUGUCAUGAAAAAACUAAACGGAAAUUCUGCUACCCGAACAAGUUUGCAUUUAUUAAUGAAGAACAUGAUAUCAUCAAGAGAAGAAUGAUGAUUUUUAUAAUUUUAAAAAUGUGGGAGUUAGUUGCUGAUAUUUUGGGCUACAUGCAUUGGCCAUAUUUGAGAUAUCGAGAGUUCAAAUUCCAUUGGGUACAUGUGAAAAACAGAUAAUAGCAUGACGAUAGAGAGAUAAUAGCAUGACAGUAGACUAGUAAGCUGCAAGUUAAUGUUCAUGCAUGCAUGGUGGUUAGAUCAGCAUCACUAACUUACGUGUAGUGAUUGUAAUUUUUGUUUUUGUCUGUCUAACCAACUAAAUUGUUGACUAGUAUUUAUUGUCUGAGAGCCAAUAAAAAUCCAACCAGAGAUGUGUUCUGUCUCUCUCCCCCCUUAAGGUCGGCUUCAACUUCGCAAUGGAGACUCCACCAACGAAGGAGCUGCUAAUGAAGAUGCUAGAGCUCGAGGAGAGUCACGAACGCCUAAAGCAGGAGAUGUGUAGGCUCAAGGCCGUAUCCACAGAGCUUGGUCAUUCAGAGAAGAGAAACAUCGGCGAGGGAGCUCUAGUAUUGAGGAAAAGCUGCGCCGAGUCGUUGCGGAAGGAGAGGCGUAUCCAGGAUACGAUCAGUCUAAGAGAUGGAAUAGGAGGAGAAACAAAGCCAUCGGCAGGGAAGUUCACCCAUCAACAGUAUUUGAACAUUGUGCAGUCGAUGGGCCAAUCAGUUCAUGCCUUCGAUCUCAAAAUGAGAAUUAUCUUUUGGAAUGCCAUGGCGGAAAAGCAAUUUGGAUACACUGCUGAAGAAGCAGUUGGGCAGAACCCAAUUAAUGUUAUGGUAGACGAUCAGGAUGCUGCCUUUGCAAUGAACAUUGCUCAACGUUGUUUCAAUGGAGAGAGCUGGACCGGUGAGUUUCCUGUCAGGAGCAAAUCAGGGCAUAGAUUUUCAGCUGUCACUACAUGUUCCCCAUUUUACGAUGAUGCUGGUUCUCUUGUUGGCAUAAUUUCUCUCACAAGUAAGUCAGCACCGUAUUUGCACCCAACAAUCUCUUUGGCAAAGUUAAAGGCAAAACAAGGUGAAAAGAGCUCUAGCCCUGUAAGUAGUUUCGUAUCAAAACGUGGUUUGGACUCCAAAGGAGCUGUUUUAUCGAAACUUGGGCUUGACUCUCAUCAGCCUAUACAAGUUGCUAUAGCAUCAAAGAUAACAGAUUUGGUUAGUACCAUUUUCUUAGCUUGUAUGGAUUAUAUAUGUCACCUUUUAUUUUGAUGAUGUAUAUUUUGAUUAGUGUUAAACUCACAGGCAUGCAAGGUGAGCAACAAGGUCAUGUCGAAAAUGCGAGCAGGUGACAGUAGUGGUGCCACACUCUCUGAGGGAGUUUUUGGUCCUGCUCUCUCUGACCAAAGGGACGAUGCAUCGUCAAGUGGUGCCAGCAUAAAAAGAGGGGGUUUUAUAUAUUCUCCUUUUGGGGUGUUCAGAUGUGAUGAGGAACAUAAAUCUCACCAGAUUAAUCCCUGUUCUGGUGUUAACUUUGAAAGUGGUUCCUCUGAUAGUAAGACUAGCAGUAAUAAGGGAAUCAGUUUGUGUUCUUCACCAAAUUCAAACAACAGAAGCAGUUCCAGUAGCUGCAAAAGUAUAAGCAACAGUGAUAUGAACAAGGUUGAUACAAAUAGUGAUUGCUUGGAAUAUGAAAUUUUAUGGGAUGAUUUGACAGUUGGAGAAGAAAUAGGACAAGGUUCAUGUGGAACUGUUUGUCGUGGUCUCUGGUUUGGAUCUGUUGUAGCUGUGAAAGUGUUCUCAAAAGUAGAAUAUUCAGAAGAGGCCAUACAAUCUUUUAGACAAGAGGUAGCGUUGAUGAAAAGACUUAGACAUCCUAAUGUUUUGCUGUUUAUGGGAGCUGUGACUUCACCUCAGCGUCUCUGUAUGGUGUCAGAGCUCCUUCCACGGUCCAGUCUCAUCUCUUUAGUCUCAAGCCUUAGCUCUAAUUCAUGACCAUACUUAUUUGGAUUACUAUUUGCAGUGGAAGCCUCUUCCAGCUACUACAGAGGAAGACAUCAAAACUUGAUUGGAGGCGGCGUAUCCUUAUGGCCUUGGACAUUGUGAGUAAUAGUUACACGGUCAUUAGACAUCUGAUUUACACGGUCAUUGGCCAUUGACAAAU